AUGACUCAAGAUGAAAAAAACGAAUUUUCACAGGAGAAGCCAGAAAAAGAAAUUGCUAUAGGUAAAAAAACAAGCAUCAUGUGUAAUGCCAAAAUAUUUCUAAAAGAGAUUGAAGAUUCUGGUAGAAAGGAAAUGAUACAGAAAUGGAUUGAUAAUGAUAGUCCCUUCUUAAGUCUUUUAAAAAUGCAAAAGGGGAUUUUGGUAAGCAGUGAUGCGGCUGAAAAGCUUAUGAAAAUGCGUGACCCCAAAAAGUGCACCAUAAAUAUCAAUGGGGCUGAAUAUACAAUCACGGCUUCUGAUUUUGUUGACAUAAUGGGUAUAAAACCGGGCACUGAAUCAGUAGAUCUUCAAAAAGUUAAGUCUGGGGAUUUAUUUGAUAAAUUUGGUGCCUUUGAAAAAGGGGACAAACCUUAUGUUUGUCGCGAAAAAGUGUUAGAAUUCCUCAAAGAAGGAAAUGAGGCGGAUGCUAAAAUAGCAUACAAUUUACUUGCCCUCCUGUGUGUGUUGGUACCCAGUCGACGUAAUAGGUUACCUUCCAAGUAUCUCAAUAGUCACCUCAAGGUAGGAGGAUGCAUUUUGUUCCUCCAGCUCUUCUGUAUGAAGAAGGUUUCUUCUGAUUUAGUUCAACUCCAAUCUGUCACGGAAGAUAUGGUUAAAGAGUUUGUUAAUGAACAUAUAAAGGAGGGUGCUAGUCUAGAAACGGAAGUUCUGGAUUCCGUACACGAUAAAUUAGCAAAAAGGUUGAAAGAGAUGUUUGAAGAAGCUUCGGAAGGUCUGGUUAACAUGAAUGACGACGGAGGGGUUAUAUAUAAAAUGGAGGAUUAUGGUUUAAAGAUGCAGAAAGUUAUGGAAACCUAUCAUUCAAGCUUCAUGCAGAAUUUAAGCUUCAUUCAGAAUUCUGAAGGAUCAGACCAUGAGAAUAGGAAUCCUAAUAGUGAACAAUCUGAAGGUUCUAAAAGUGAUAGUGGGCAUAAUGAACCUGGUAUGCAAGAAAAUGUUAUGGGAGGAGGAGGUGGUGGAGAGGAGGAGGGUAUGCAAGAAAAUGUGACGGUUCAUGUGAAGGUGGCGGUUCUACCCAAGAAGAAACGGAAAGUGUUGAAGAAACGGAAAGUGUUGAGUCCAAGUGGCUCACCAACGAAGAAAAGGACUCGAUCUGGAAAAAAUUGGAAGUAAAUGGAGACAUAUCUGUGUUUAAUGUGCUGGAAGAUAGUGGUUUUUGGCGAAUUAAUGUAUAGGGGUUUGUUUUGGUCUACUUUUGGUAGUAAAUGGAGACCUAUCUGUACGUGUAAAUGUUUUGGGUUAUAAAGACAGGCUCAUGUUGAUAUUUGUGAUUUAAGUAUGAAGAGUUAAUAUAUA